AUGAAAUUUGAAAUGGUAAAUAAAUACUUUAAACUUUUAAUUAAGGAUAUAAAUAUGGGGGACCAGGACUGAUAAAUAGUCACCAAAACUUUUGGCAAAAGCUAAAGUGUAAAGUAAAUUAAUAAUUAAUAUCAUAAUUUAAUAAUUAAAUUAAUUAAUAUUAUGCUUGCUUUCUUCUACUUAAUACUAGUAUUACUUAUACUUCAUACUUUAUUAUAAUUUCAAGAAUCUCUAUCUAUAUACACUCUAUAAUGACUAUUAUUAUAGUAUAGUUAGUUAUUAUAGUUAGUAUUAUUAAAAUUUAUUAUAGUUUUUAAUUAUUGAAGUUAUAUGACAUAGGACAAAUAUUUAUUUCAUUAGUCAGUACUUAAAAGGUACUACAAAUACUAUGACUCAGUAUGAGUAUGACUAUAAGUAUUAGUACUAAGUAGUAGUAGUGUAUACUACUCAUACUAUUAGACCCAAGCCUAAGAUGUUACUAAAAAAUAAGCCCUAGUUUAGUCUAAGCUUUAAACAUUAUACUUAAAGACUUAAACAAAAUAUCCAAAUAGUAUUAAAAACUAACUGGCUUUUGUUAUGUAAGUCAAGUUAUUUAUAUAUUUUAUUGGACAUUUUUUAGGCCUACCUAAUAAAACAAACUACUAUCAUUUUUUUCAUUUGUCCUAAUAAAGAGUAAAUUGAAAGUAACACCAAAACACUUGCAGCAUCAAAAUAGUGAACACAAAAGUUAAAUAAAAUACAAUUAAGAAUCAAGUUAAAAAUGUAGCCCACCAGUCUCACGAACUUAUUUUAUUCAUCUUGUAAGACUUAUUGACUGUUGCUGUAAGCUGCAUUUGAAUAGUGUUAAUGUGACCUCAUGUUAAUUUAAUUAAAAUAAGUUGUUACUAGAAUAGGCAUAAUUAAAAUAAAUAAUUUAAAUUCGGGAUCUUCCAUUAAUCAGUAGACAUAACUUAUAACCAAAGGAUUAGGUACCCGGUACCAUAUUCUUUAGGUUAGACCUUUUAUAUAUGAAAUUGAAUGAAUGUAUUUUUUUGUAUUUAGGAUAUUGAUUCUGAGUCCAGAACUUCUGAGAUGCCACCGAACGUAGCCAUAUUACUAAAUGAUGCCCAACCAGCUGAUUGGAUGGAGGCUAUCAUGUAUGUGGGGGGCAUUUUUAGAGUUUCUAUUCUUUGCAGUAUGUUAAAAUUCAAUUAUAAUAUUUUUAAAUGGCAUGGACUUGUGCUGGACUUGAAGUUUUUGCUAUUUUUUAACUUUAAUAAUGUUAAAAAAAUACCACUCAGAGGCACUCACCUUAAAAAAUAACAGACAUCACAUACAAGUAGAAAAAUUACUAUUUUAUUUGUUGCUUAAUUAAUCAUGUGGUGCCAUGUCAAUGGCUCAAUUACAUUUAUAAUUUUGUCCUUAGUGCAGUUAAAAAUGAUGUCAUUGGCAGUGAUCGUGAAAAAAUGCAAAGUCUACAGUAUGGACUAGUUCCAAGGUAGAGAAGUUUCAUUGUUUUGUUGAUUUUAAUAAGAUUCAUUAUGGCUCUUUAUUUUAUCCUUUUAUAAUAGUUUUUUUUUUACUUCUAUGUUUAUUAAGAUUUCUGCAAGUUCAAUUUGUAGAGAUUAAACAAUGAGGUAAAAUUGGCCUAUAAUAACAUAAAGUAUUCCAAAUUUAAAUCUACUAAACUUAAAAUUCAAGCUACCUUAGGGUCCUCCAAAUAAAUGAGGUCAUGCCGCUAGGAGGGGUUCAAGAAUUCAUGACAAUGUAUCAUGGGGGUGUCAAAAUUUUGUGACAGGUGGAAAGGCGGGAUGGGGGGUGUAAAAAUCUACCAAAAUAUGACGUCAUUAUGGAUUGAUGUCCCCUAGUUAAAUGUUUUUUUUUCUUUUCUUUUUUUUACCCAGUUACUUUAACUUUUUUUCUAGUAAAUAACAGAAUUCUUGCUUCGUAGCAUGUUUUUCACCGAGAUGGCCUUGUAAAACCUGUCUCCAUCAAGUUUUAUUUGCUUUGGUUAGUGCCAUAGUGAGCCUCCUUAUCCCCCAAGAGAGGGGAGCUUUGGUGUUCACAUUUGUUUUUUUUCUAGGUUUUAACCCCAUCCCUUCUUAUUCAAAUAUCUUAUCCACUGCUGUGUUGACUAGCCUAAACAUAUUUCUAAAUUUUAAUACUUUUAGCCCAUUGUUUCAUGUAAGUUUGAAUACUUUCCAGACUUCUUCAAUGGGUGGAAGAUGAGGACAUAAAUGCUGAGUUAAGGACAGAGGCAGCUAUUGUGCUGGGCAGUUUGGCCAAAGGAAAUACUAGCAUUGUCAUACAACUAGUGCAAGAGAAGACUGUUCCAAUACUACUCAAAUGUAAGACUGAAAAUCUGUACUUAAAUGCCCUCAACAGUUAAGCUGAAUGAUUUAAACACAUUUUUAACAAAAACUUCAGAAGAUAAUGUCAUUUGCUACCUGAUACAUGAAUUUAUUGUUUUUACAUUUCUCUAACUAUAAUAGUAACUAUAAGAGUAGCCAAAAAUGCAUACAUCAUUCUGUUUUGUUUGUUCUUUAAAGCCAUGGUUAAUUUUAAUGUACUCUUAUUUUUAUUACAGCUCUAACAAAUCUAAGUCUGCGAUAG